UCGAGGCCGGGAGGGUAGGCUGUCUUUCCGGCUGCGCGGCGACUAGCAACGCUAGCGCCUCAUGGCUGGCGGCAGGCCUGCCGCCCGAGGGCGCUUGCCUCCACGGAGGCGGGAGGUGCCGCUGCGCUAUAGCGCUGGGGCAGCGCUUGCCCCGGGCAACGGCUUCUGCCCGCUGAGGGGCCGCGGCAUCUGGCGGCAGGAGGCGGCAGUGGAGCUGUCCUUCGGAUGCCGUAAGAGGUGGGUCGGAGCCGCGUCCAGACGCACCCCCAACCACGAACUGUGUGGACUUCGAGCCCACGAAAAACGGCGAGUCGCUGGGUGCGGUGGUUGUGCCACUGACUCUGUUGUUGUCGAUCGCUGCUCCUGCCCCGAGAAAGCCGGAGGAGAUCCCGAAGAACGAGACAGCGGCACACGCACACCGCUCCACCUCCCCGCCACGCACACACUCGCUUCCCGCGGAGGGGCAGGUAGAGCUGCGGUCCCUGGCACCCGGAAGUCGCGGGGCGCCCAGAAGUUGCUGGCGACGGGCGGUAGGUGGUGUUGCGGCUGCCACGUUGGAGUUGGCCGAGUGCGAGUGAGCGCCGGCGACACAGAGGUGAGAGAGAAAACCCCUCGUUUUUUUCCUUACGUUCCUGUUGGGAGUGGGGUGCACGUUCCGGUCGAUGAGGCGAUCUCCGCCCACCGGCUCUGCAAGAUGUUUCCGAGGUGAGCUUCAGGGAGGGUUGAAAGAAGAACUCGGAAUAUGACAGUGGACUCUUUUAAGCCGUUUUUUGCCCUCUGACCUGGCUGUCUGUUGAGGAUGUUUGCGGCAAGGAUCUAGUGAGGGUUUUCUCGAGAGUGGGUUUGUUUUGUGAGUUUAGGCUGAAGGCUGCACUUGGGUACCGGAUGAGUGCCUUGAUGCUGUUAAGAAAGGGUUUUUUCUGAGCAGCUGAAGAUUUGCUCACAUUUUCUUGUGUCUGUUCAGCAACCGUCAUUUUAUUCCACGUAUCAGUGUUGUUCCGCCAGUAAAGAAUUCUCUUCCUCCUUCCCCCUGUGUGUGUUCUGGAGAGCAGAAUGAAGCUGAAGGAAAAUGAAAUCGUACUGCCAUGCAGGCAUAGAGCCCUGCCCAGCAGUUCCCCAUUUACCUGGCCACAGGUGAGUUUCUGGAAAAUAUGUGCUAGCAGGCCUUGGGCUACAUGUGGUGGGAGCCAUGAAGUGCUUGUAAUUGAAAGCUGUAGCAGUGAAGUGCCUGGCUGAAGACUGGAGCCAGGGUGUGGAGUGUGGUGCCUCUACUAGAGUUCUCUAGUUGUGUCAUGAAUAAAAACUUGCAUUCUUCAA